AUGAAGCACAUCCAGGCUUCGUUGAGUCUUAAACCAAAAUCUAACCCGAUAUUUCUAAAAGCUCGUACAUUGCCGUUUUCCAUACGCAAUAUCGUGGAACGAGAGAUCGAGAGUAUGGUGAAUAGUGGAAUCCUAAUGAAGGUCAAUCAUAGCACAUGGGCUACUCCUAUAGUACCCGUUAUGAAAUCUGCAGAUCGCGUUCGCUUGUGUGGCGAUUAUAAAAUAACCGUUAACAAACAUUUGAACAUUGACGAACAUCCUCUACCGACAAUUGACGAGCUAUUCGCGAAUAUGGCAGGUGGACAGAAAUUCUCGAAGUUAGACUUAGCUCAGGCGUAUCUUCAAAUGAAAGUACGCCCGGAAGACUGCGAAAUCCUUACGUUGAACACACAUCUCGGCUUAUACCAACCGUCGCGGUUAAUGUACGAUGUAGCGUCAGCACCGGCAAUUUUUCAACGCGAAAUCUCUCAGGUACUGGGAAACAUUCCAGUUGUAUCGGUGUUUUAG